UACAUUAGAGUUCAAAGUGAAAAGAAACCGACUGUUAAUAGAAGAAUGAGGAGAAAAGAAAGUAGAAAACAUUAGAGGUAUUUAUGGGAAUGACCGUUCGUUUAAAGUUUAAACACUUAAACUGGACGGUUCUGCAUUUUCGUAGUAUUAAUAGGGCAGUUUUAGUGUGUGUACAUUUAUCCAUUGUACUCUCUCUCUCUCUCUCUCUCUCUCUCAGGUCUCUUUGAGGUUGGAGAGAGAGAGAGAGUUUCAUUAAAAAAAAGCAGGCCUUUAAACUGUUGAUGUCUUGUCCUUUCUGAAUCUGUUUCUGGGUUUUCUUUGUUCUCUUCCAAAUUUCCAUCUUUGUAUAUAAAUUUACAUUCUUUCGUGGGAGAAAGAUAUUGACUUUUUAAAGAAUAAAAUGUUUGUUAAGAGUAGAGGGGAGCAUGCUUCAAAGCAUGUUUUACCGAAGAACUUGGCUCUCUUGCUUUGUUUCGCUAGCUUCUGUGCUGGAAUGUUCUUCAGCAAUAGGACGUGGAUGGUGCCUGAUGCUAAGGGCAUUCCGUGGACAUCCAGAACUGGGGGUAAACAAUUUGUGGAUUAUGAUCGAAACAUUGUUGUGAAGAAUGAAGGCAAUAGCUCAGGAGACAUUUCAGGGUCCCAACACUCAAUUCUGACUAUGGAUAAAGCCAUUUCAGAUUUGGAGAUAAAAUUGAUGGCUUCUAGGGCAGAACAUGAGACAAUUCAGAAAGACCCUACGAUGUCUGAAGGUGUGAAGAAUAUAGAAUCGAUUUUAAAAAGGAAAUAUUUUAUGGUUAUAGGAAUCAAUACGGCUUUUAGUAGUCGUAAGCGGAGAGAUUCAGUACGUGCGACUUGGAUGCCUCAAGCUGAGAAGCGAAAAAAAUUAGAGGAAGAAAAGGGUAUCAUCAUACGAUUUGUUAUAGGUCACAGUUCAACGUCAGGUGGCAUUCUUGAUAAAGCCAUUGAAGCUGAAGAAAAGGUGCAUGGAGACUUUUUGAGAUUGCAACAUGUUGAGGGCUACCUGGAGUUGUCAGCCAAGACAAAAACUUAUUUUGCCACUGCUGUUUCCUUGUGGGAUGCAGAAUUUUAUGUCAAAGUUGAUGAUGAUAUUCAUGUGAAUCUAGCAACACUUGGCGUGGCUUUAGCUAGGCAUAGGAAGAAACCCCGAGUUUAUAUUGGCUGCAUGAAGUCGGGUCCUGUUCUUGCUCGAAAGGGAGUGAAAUACCAUGAACCUGAGUACUGGAAAUUUGGUGAGGUUGGGAACAAAUAUUUUCGACAUGCUACUGGACAACUGUAUGCUAUAUCCAAAGAUUUGGCUACUUACAUAUUCAUAAAUCAGAAUGUACUGCAUAAAUAUGCUAAUGAAGAUGUUUCUUUGGGAGCUUGGUUUAUUGGUUUGGAUGUGGAGCAUGUGGAUGAUAGGAGACUCUGCUGUGGUACUCCACCAGAUUGUGAAUGGAAAGCUCAAGCUGGUAAUAUCUGUGCUGCUUCAUUUGACUGGAGGUGCAGUGGGAUUUGCAGGUCUGUGGAGAGGAUUGUGGAGGUCCAUGAACGUUGUGGUGAAGACAAGAAUGCUUUAUGGAGCGCAAACUUUGUGCAAACGAUGAGAACUUCUUCCUGACGAAAAAUACAAACGAGAAAUCCAGAAUAGAGAUGCUUUUUUUUUUUUUCCCCUUUUUUAUACUUCUUUCCCCUUUCCCCUUUCCCCACAUUUAUAUUGCAUCCAUAGGUGUAUACGAAUGUGUACUAGUAUACCAUACUAAAGAAAUGAAGAUACAACUGCCUAACCUCAUGGUGGCGGGCUGGAUUGAAAGUUUUUUGCCAUGGUAAUGAGAUCUAUAUAAUAUACGUCUAAUCUUUAUAGGCAGCAUAUUGCUGCUUACUAAAUAAAAA